UAAAUCUAAAGAAAUGUAAAAUAAAGAUAACAGUGAAUAGUAUAAACUUUUACUAAAGUUAGUGAUCAUUUAUUUAAAUUAUUACUUAUUGGUUCUAGUGGAGUUGGAAAAUCGUGUAUGUUAAUGAGAUAUGUUGAUAAUAAUUUUACUAAUAAUUUUUAUAAUACAAUAGGAGUGGAUUUUGUAAUUAAUUAUAUAAACUAAAUAGAAAAUCAAAUCAAUAUUCUUAGAGAAUAAAAAUAUAAAAUUGUAAAUAGUAAAAAUAUAUUUAAUAAUUUUAGUGGGAUACAGCAGGACAAGACAGAUUCAGAACAAUCACAUGUAAUUAUUAUCGGUAAUGAUUAUUGUUAAAAAAAUUAGAGGAGCUCACGGGAUAAUUAUAGUUUAUGAUAUAACAGACAGAGAAUCAUUUGAUUCUGUGAAGAUGUGGAUGUCUGAAAUUGAUAAGUAUUUUUAUCGUUUUCAGGGUUUAGAUAUGCAUAAGAUGAUGUGAUAAGAAUGUUAAUUGGAAACAAAUGUGAUAUGGAAGAUAAAAGGACUGUGUCAUAUGAAGAAGGUGAAACUUUAGGUAGCAAUCUUAAUGAAUUAAAGCAAAACAAUUAAAAUUGUAAUUCUUAGAAACUUCAGCUAAAUAAUCAACUAAUAUUGAAGAAUCAUUUUUGACAAUUGGCAAAAAUAUUCUAGAGAAAAGUUAGAAUUCUUUGAAAGCAGAUUCUAAUUAAAAUAUAAAAAUGGGAUAGAUAGUAUAAACUUAGAUAGUAGGUGAUAGAAAUAAAAAAAGUUCACAAUGUUGUUGAAAUAUAAUAAUUAAAAUUAAACACGA